CACUCUCAACUAGCCAGUCAGACCAUACGCACACGUCCUAUGAUAGAAGCCCCCGCGUGUUCACUGAGCACUUCGCAUCGCACUCUUGAUGAAGUCAAGAUUUCGAAGGUUAAUGCGCUGUGUAGUGAGUCGGUAAAGUCUACAGAGCUGGGUGUAAUCGGUGUUAGUCUGUUUUCUGUCGGGACUUUAACAAUUGAGCUACAAAAGAGAAAGGGAUUCGGUUAAACCAGCAGAGGAUUGGAGUAGAGCUUCAUCAACCUUUUCCCACACCACCGUAGAGGCGAAGACAGCCAGACAACCCAGCAGCGUGGACAGAAGUUUGCCUUCAUUUGAUAGCAAGAUUCCCGUAAAGAGAGUCAUUUACUGUACCUUAGUCGACAGAGGGGAUAGGGUGGCCCUGGCAUAAGAGAGGGGCGGAGGAAUUCCACCAACCAACCAACCAACUGAACGACUCGCACAGCCACCGAGUUUGGGUCUUCCCUGCCAGUGGAGACGCCAUGUCGUUGACCUCUUUCCACAUCAUGCAAACGCUGAAGAACUCGCCGGCGGCCAUCCGGCGCAAGUUCCGGCGGGACCGCAUCGAGAGUCUUUCCCACGGGGAUCCCAUCUUCAAGGCCCACUACCUGGGCACCAAGAAGAUCUUCUCGCUGGAUCUGGAGCAGGCCGAGGAGGCCAUCGAGCGCCUGCUGGACGACGCUCAGGCUCCGAGCAAGCUGGGCAAGGACCACGCCCUGGUGGUGCGCCCUCGCUACGUGGAGGUGAAGGAGCUGAGCACCGGUCGGCAGCUCACCAAGACCUACCUGCAGGACAUCGCCUACUGCGCCUCGCACACCGCCCGGCCCAACGUCUUCCUGUACAUCUGCCGGCAGCCGGGCCAGCAGCUGCAGUGCCGCGUGUUCUGGUGCAGCCGGGCCGAACGGGCCAAGGACAUGACGGCCUGCCUGGCCCAGUCCUUCCAGAGGGCCCUCAGCGACUGGCAGGACGGAGGCAGCGCCACGCUCACACAGACCGAGGCGCGAGCGAAGGAGGACGAGGCGCCGGCAUCACCCAAUUCCACCAGAGGCUCUACUUUACCAGCCAGCCUGGGAAAAGUCCGCUGGAGGAGGAGAGGAUCGGUGUCGCGCAGCCCCCUCAGAGCGAUCACCCGGAGAGGCUCCGCUAGCGACAGCUGGCACUGAGACGACCAGACGGUCCGGGGGCUGACCUCCGUACUGGACAGUCGACUGGUUCAUUUUUUCCCCUCCUGGAGGUGGAAGUUUGGGAAUGGGGGAAUUGGAGGGAAGGGGUGGGAGGCCACACAGCUGGUCCUGAAAGGACUUUCACUUCUUCCCCUUACAUGGUCUUCAAAAGACUGGCCGUCGGUAUUUCCGGGUACACGCUGUUUCAUCUGCGUCGACAGUCAGGGAAGUACAAAGGACUUCAUAGCGCCAGUCAGGGGGCCUUGGUGUUAUUCCCUUUCAGGAGAGAACAGAAGCCAGAAUCAGUCAGUUUCCGUGGCAACUGUAGAGGGCUUAUCGUUCUUUUUUCCGAGAGACAGAAGUGAUGUCAAAUUCAUCUCAAGCACUGCGCAAGCAUCCUGCAAAUCUGAACUGGACGAAGGAUAACGCUUGAUGUCAACAUCACCUCAGACUACUUGACUGAACUGACAAAUCUACGCACACAGUAUUCACUGCUGUUGUUUUAAUGCUAUUUAUUUAUAAAAUGAUUAUUUUAAAAUUUUAAACCUAGGCAUAUUGACUUUCUCUUCUAUCGAUAGGGGUUGAGUUGACUUGUGGGUUCGCAUUUGUGUUUUCACGCUGGGAUUUGGGUAAGAACAGGGAAGUGUUGCAGACACUGAGGUCAGAUGUUAGUUAAGCUUUCAACCACAGUUUUGCGAAGGCUGCAAUGUGUUAAUUUCCUUGUUGCAAUUUGGCAGCUGGCACAGUAGGUCAACAUGGGACAAUCACUGGGCACUUUUCCAACAUUUGGUGCAUGUCUCACACAUACAAAAUAUGGAGACACGCACACACACACACACACACACACAAGCAUGCAUUCAUCCAUUCUCAUACACUGCAACCAACCAACAGAUGAUGAUGAUUUUCAUAGUCUUACUUCAGCAUGUUGCCUUCAUAUGAAACAGAUUGUAGUAGUCUGGUGUAAGGUUUAUUUUCACACAUCUAUUUGUAUUUUAGUUGCUGCUUUGACAUGAAGAGGAAUGUGUGUGUAGCCCGAUAACAACAUGUGUGAGCAAAUACAAGAAGUGCCUCAUCCUGUCUCUUUCCUCAACACUAUUGGAAAGAUUGGAGCUCCUUAGCAUUAACAAACUUUGAUCUAUUUGCAUUUGGGGAGGUAGGCGUUAGGCAGGCAGGUAGGCAGGGUGCCAGAUCAUGAUAUUCCCAUGGGCUUGGGCGUAAUAUAUUCCCGUGUGUGCCUGUGCUCUCCUGGGGAACACUGUGUGCUCGUUGCAGCCUGGUGAGGGGACGCUUACCGUGCACCUGCAUUCUAAUGCACCUACUCUGGAUCACACCACCCCAACCCCACCCCCCAGAUCAUGAUUCUGCAUGACUCCCCUGGAACAUCAGCCCUCCAAAUUGUUGCCCUCUCUCACACACACACACACACACACACACACACACACACACACACACACACACUGUGUGAGCUGCUACCGUAUCCAAGCGCCAGCACCACCUGGUUAAGAAGGGAAGCGUGACUCGGUUGCGCAGGGAUGGGAAGAGUGGCGGGAGCCUCGCACGCUAGCUGCCACAUAAGUGGCAUUUUGGAUGCUGGCCUCUGGGCACUAGCACAGACCGAGAUGUACAAGUUGGGAGAAGAACGGGCAGCCUGCCCAGCUACUCCAGUCAAGAUUUAUGUCUGCGAUCCAUAAAAAGCCCCCACCUCACCCCCACCCUCGCAGUUACUGAAGCAACGUGGCAUGUUGUUACAUAAGCUGACAGAGAAGAUGAUUGCAUGGCUUAAGCUACCUAAAGGUGCCUCAUUUUUUUGUUUGUCUGUUUUUACAUUUUUUUUUAUUUAUUUAAUUUUUGCUUUUGACUGACAUGUGGAGUUUCAUUCAAGAAAGUUUCAUUUUUUUAAAUGUUACAAAGGCGCUGUGCCUAUCCAAAAAGGAAGUGCCUGUUUUUAAGGGUUUUUAAAAUGUCUCCGUUUCCAUUGUCUGUAUGUUUUUUUGUUUUAUACCAUGUUGUAUUUGUGUACAUAUUUAAAUAUAUAUGUAUUUUAUGAAUUAAAGCUUUUAUACAUAAACAUUCCUUGCUGCGUCUUUCCUACAAACCUAUGCUCAGUUUGAACUAUUUCCUUCACUUGCCACAUGAGUGUUAUGUGUGUUCUUCCUUGUAUGCCACAAAAAUUCUUAGA